GGGGAAACUCAAAACCUAGUUCCAUCGGAAUUCAAAAAAUUCGGCGGCGCCGUCGUCUGGUCAUCCUAUAGCAUUAGCCGAUUCGAAGCUCUGAUCGAUUGAUGUCGACGUCCGGGCAACCACAAUUUCGGUACACACAGACACCUUCCAAGGUUCUCCACCUGCGGAAUCUCCCAUGGGAGUGCAUCGAAGAAGAGCUAAUCGAGCUGUGCAAACCCUUUGGGCAGAUCGUCAACACCAAGUGCAACGUUGGCUCCAACCGCAACCAAGCAUUUGUCGAGUUUGCUGAUCUUAAUCAGGCAAUUAAUAUGGCCACCUAUUACGCUUCAUCUUCGGAGCCUGCACAAAUUCGUGGCAAAGCUGUGUAUAUUCAGUAUUCAAACAGGCAUGAAAUUGUCAACAACAAGGGCCCUGGAGAUGUACCUGGUAAUGUUCUGCUCGUAACGAUUGAGGGUGUUGAAGCAAGUGAUGUCAGCAUUGAUGUCAUUCAUUUGGUAUUUUCAGCCUAUGGUUUUGUGCACAAGAUUGCUACCUUUGAAAAGGCAGCAGGAUUUCAGGCUUUGAUCCAGUUCACCGAUGUUGAGACUGCAGUUACUGCUAGAGAAGCAUUGGAUGGGAGAUGCAUCCCAAGGUACCUGCUCCCUGAGCAUGUUAAUGAUUGUCAUCUGCGCAUUGCAUUCUCUGCUCAUACAGAUCUUAAUAUAAAAUUCCAGUCUAACCGGAGCAGAGAUUAUACAAAUCCUUAUCUUCCUGUCAAUUCAACUGCAAUGGAGGGAUACAUUCAGCCUGUUGUAGGUCUAGAUGGAAAGAUAAAAGAGGCAGAGAGUAAUGUGCUUCUUGCCUCCAUUGAGAAUAUGCAGUAUGCUGUCACGUUGGACAUCCUUCACACGGUAUUCUCUGCAUUUGGUAUGGUUCAAAAGAUUGCAAUAUUUGAGAAGAAUGGGGGAACCCAAGCAUUUAUCCAAUACCCUGAUGUUGCUACCGCAACUUCUGCAAAAAACACUUUGGAGGGACAUUGUAUAUACGAUGGUGGCUAUUGUAAGCUUCAUUUAUCAUAUUCUCGUCACACCGAUCUGAAUGUGAAGGCUUUCAGUGACAAAAGCAGAGAUUACACAGUCCCAGCAGAACCAUCAGGCUCGCGUCCAAUGCAACAACCUCCGCCCCUCCCUCACCCUGGCACGGCAACACCAGCUUGGCAAAACACUCAUUUUAUCCCUACACACUCACCAGCUGGUUAUGGAACAGCCCCUCCUGCUAUGCCCUCCCAAAAUCCUUGGGGUCCUACCCUACAAGCCGGAAGACCGCCCUUUCAUCCGACUCAAGGCACUUCUUAUACCCACGUCCCCGCUCCUCCCGGUGAGACUCGUUAGCUCAUGUCCCCGUACCGGCCCGACUAAGAAACCUCUUCCCAUGUAAUUUUGUGUGCAGUUAUUUUUGUUCCCUGUUUGUCUCUGCUUGAUUUUGGCCAAUAACUUCACAUGCGGAUUGGGAUAAACAGUAGGGUGAUUUGACUAAUUCUGGUGGCUAAUGAACUGUUAAGUUUGAUUUUAAUUGUUGGUAAUGGUGUGAUUAAGGAAGCACAGGAUUGGAAGGUCGGGGCAUAUUUUGGUAGGGGCAUUAAAUGUGUUUCUCUCUCUCUGUUCAUGUGCACAUGUGAAAGGAGGAGUGAGUAUAUAGGACAUGUUUGGGUGGGGUGACGUUUUUGACAUUGUCAUAACUGCUUCAUGUGCCUACUCCAACUACUAAAAUAAAACCAUAGGCGUGUCUCUUCUGGCAGCUGUCCCACCUUUUACUGCACGUUGGUUUUACUGUCCUUUUCUUUACAACUAAUUCCACCUGUAUUACAUACUCUCCUUCUCCCCAAAAAAAGAAGAAUAUACUUGUUCAGAUCGG